AUGCAAUCCGGAGGUGGGGCCCAGCAGGGCAGUGGGCAUGGCCGGAGUGCGGCUGCCUCGCCGGCUUCCUCAUCAUCUGGUGUCUCCGCUCCUCAGCUGGGACUUGAUCAGCAGCAGCAGCAGCAGCAGCAGCAGCACCAGCACCAAAGACAGACAUUGCAACAGCAAUUUCUUAGAAGAUCUGAAGGAAAUGACUCAGUUUUAGCCUACCAAAGUGCUCCUACACAUGACGUCAUUGGGAUGGGUAAUUUUAAUGCACCUUCAGGCUCCUUGCUGUUGUCUCAGCAGCAGAGAAAAUAUUUGGAUUUUGGUCAACAGCAAGUUCCUUCUGGUGUCAGAGAGGAUGGACAAGGUAGGAGUCAGGGCUUUGAGCAACAAUUACUGAAUCCAAUGCAUCAGGCAUACAUAAAUGCUUUUCAGGCGGCGCAGCAGAAAUCAGCUGCCGGAACACAGUCACAACCUCAAAUGAAACCUGGUAUAUUCAGUCCUCCAAACAAGGAAGAUCUGCGAAUGGGAUCUAUGAAAGUUCCGGCUGCUAAUCAGUCACAAGCAUCAUCAUCAAAGAAAUCGACAGAGAAUUUGACUCGCAGUGAGUCCCAGUCAGAUCAUGGUCAACGGCAUAUGCCUGAUCACAGAACUGAUGCAGAGCCCUCUACUCAACCAACAUUAAUUGGCCAAGCAUUUCCUGUGAGGCCUAUGAUGCAACCACAACAGGCUCAGCACAAUAUUCAGAAUAUGACAGCCAAUCCUAUUGCUUUGGCUUCACAAAUGCAGGCGUUUGCUCUUGAGCAUAAUAUUGACCUUUCAUUACCUGCAAAUGCGAAUAUGGUAGCUCAAUUAAUGCAAUACAAAUUGGCUUCUCAGCAGCGAGGAAAUGAAAACAGCACAUCCCUGCAGGCACUAAAUGCUCAUGUGCAAAAGCAGCCUGUUAGUCCCGCAAUGGGGCCAAAUGAAAGUUCUCCCAGAGGGAAUGCCUCAAGUGAUGCAUUGGCACAGUCUAAUACAGCAAAAUCUAGAUAUCCUUCGACAUCUGCUCCUACUAUUGCAUCUCCAAAUUCGGCUAUGCUUAGCAAUGCUGGUAGUGUCCCAAUGCAGCAGUUUUCUCCUCAUGGUAGAGACAAUCAGUUGGCUUCGAGACAGGGCAUUGUCAUAGGCAAUGGAAUGCCACCUAUGCCUCCACCACAGGCAUCUCUGAAUUUGAAGCAAGGAGUGGAAAAUGCAGCAGGGGCCAAAAGUACCCAGCUUGGGUCAGAGUCUCGUCAAAUGCAAUAUGUCAGGCAGCCGAGUCUGUCUUCUCCACAGUCAACAGCAUCUUCUAGUGAUGGGGCCUUGGUAAAUCCCUCAACAUCUCAGGGCGGAAAUGUGAUCCCAGUGCAGCAGCAACAUCAGGGCUUCACGAAGCAACAAUUGCAUGUUUUAAAAGCACAAAUACUAGCUUUUAGACGUAUCAAGAAAGGAGAUGCAACAUUGCCUAGAGAGUUGCUUCAAGCUAUAGCACCACCUCCCCUUGAAAUGCCGAUUCAGCCGGUCCCUCCGCCCAGUGGAACUAUUCAGGAGAAAUCUGUUGGCAAAAACAUAGAAGUGCGUGUUCCGGAGCCUGGCGAGAAAUCCAGCCAGCUGGCAAGCCCUGGUGAUGAGCGGCAGAGGUUGGAGAAGGAAGUUGCUGAUGAAAGUGUUGCUACUUCUGUUGCUAAUGCACAAAGUAGGGCUGCAAUCAAGAAGGAACCUACAUCUAUGGUUCCUUUACGGAAAGACGAGCAUCAAGCUUCUGGACCUUCUACUAAAUGCGAGUCAGAGGUUGAACAUGUCACUCAGAAAGUUGCUAGUAGAAAUGAUAUUUCAGCUGAUAGAGGUAAAGCUAUUGCGGCCCAGCCAAAUAUUCCUGAGACAGAGCUGUCAAAAAAAACUGUGCACGGAAACUCCACUCAAACUAAAGAUGUGGGUUCAAGUAGAAAAUACCAUGGGCCAUUGUUUGAUUUCCCUGCCUUCACUAGGAAACAUGAUGCUUUUGGGUCAGCUUUGAUGAUGAACACUAAUAACAAUCUUGCCCUUGCCUAUGAUAUUAAAGACCUUCUUGCCGAGGAAGGUGUGGAAUUUUUCAAAAGGAAGAGGCAGGACAGCAUCAGGAAGAUUGGUAACAUACUAGCUGUUAACUUGGAGAGGAAACGGAUCAGGCCUGACCUUAUUGUACGCAUGCAAAUUGAAGAGAAAAAACUUCAACUAGCAGAUGUUCAGGCGCGGUUGAGGGAUGAGAUUGAGCAACAACAGCAGGAUAUAAUGGCAAUGCCUGAGCGACCGUAUCGGAAAUUUGUGAGGCUUUGUGAGCGUCAACGACAGGAAAUGACUAGGCAAGUUCAUGCUUCGCAGAAAGCUGUGAGAGAAAAGCAACUGAAAUCUAUUUUCCAGUGGCGUAAAAAACUCCUUGAGACGCAUUGGGCAAUUCGUGAUGCUAGAACAGCACGUAAUAGGGGAGUUGCUAAGUAUCAUGAAAGGAUGUUGAGAGAGUUUUCAAAGAGAAAAGAUGACGAUCGGAAUAAGAGAAUGGAGGCUUUGAAAAAUAAUGAUGUUGAAAGGUACCGGGAGAUGUUGCUCGAGCAGCAGACGAGCAUACCCGGAGAAGCUGCUGAGAGAUACGCUGUUCUUUCAUCAUUUUUGUCACAGACAGAGGAGUAUCUUCACAGACUAGGAAACAAAAUUACUGCUGCAAAAAAUCAGCAAGAGGUUGAGGAGGCGGCUAAUGCAGCAGCAGCCGCUGCGCGGGCCCAGGGUCUUUCUGAGGAAGAAGUAAGAUCUGCAGCUGCCUGUGCCAGGGAGGAAGUGAUGAUUCGGAAUCGUUUCUCUGAAAUGAAUGCACCAAAAGAGAAUUCGUCGGUUAACAAGUAUUAUAACCUUGCGCAUGCUGUGAAUGAAAGGGUUGUUAGGCAACCAUCAAUGUUGCGUAAAGGAACCCUGCGCGACUAUCAGCUUGUUGGCUUGCAAUGGAUGCUUUCUUUGUAUAAUAAUAAAUUAAAUGGAAUCUUGGCUGAUGAAAUGGGUCUUGGGAAGACAGUCCAGGUUAUGUCAUUGAUUGCGUACCUGAUGGAGUUUAAAGGGAACUAUGGCCCGCAUCUGAUUAUAGUGCCUAAUGCUGUUCUGGUCAAUUGGAAGAGUGAACUUCAUAAUUGGCUUCCAUCUGUGUCCUGUAUCUACUAUGUCGGUGGAAAGGAACAACGGGCAAAGUUAUUUUCUCAAGAAGUGUCAGCAAUGAAAUUUAAUGUGCUGGUGACGACCUACGAGUUUAUUAUGUUUGACCGCUCCAAAUUAUCCAAGGUCGAUUGGAAGUACAUCAUUAUUGAUGAAGCUCAACGAAUGAAGGACAGGGAAUCAGUUCUAGCUCGUGAUCUUGAUAAGUAUCGCUGCCAAAGGCGCUUGCUUCUGACGGGCACACCUUUGCAGAAUGAUCUUAAAGAACUCUGGUCGCUUUUGAAUCUACUGCUUCCUGAAGUAUUUGAUAACCGCAAAGCAUUUCAUGAUUGGUUCUCUCAACCUUUCCAAAAAGAAGGUCCUUCUCAUAAUGCCGAGGAUGACUGGCUUGAGACAGAAAAGAAGGUGAUCAUCAUUCACCGUCUCCACCAGAUUCUGGAGCCUUUUAUGCUCAGGCGUCGUGUGGAAGAUGUAGAAGGCUCACUUCCUCCCAAGGUGUCCAUUGUUCUGAGAUGUAGAAUGUCAGCAAUUCAAAGUGCUAUCUAUGACUGGAUAAAAUCCACGGGUACUAUUCGAGUCGAUCCUGAAGAUGAGAUUCGCAAGGCUGAGAGGAAUGCCAUUUACCAAGUUAAAGCUUACAAGCCAUUGAAUAACAGAUGUAUGGAGCUCCGGAAAGCUUGCAAUCAUCCAUUGCUGAACUAUCCCUACUAUGGUGACUUGUCAAAAGAUUUUCUUGUGAGAUCAUGUGGAAAAUUGUGGAUUCUGGAUAGAAUUUUAAUAAAGCUCCAAAGAACUGGUCAUCGAGUAUUGCUCUUCAGCACCAUGACAAAGCUCUUAGACAUAUUGGAGGAGUAUCUCCAGUGGAGACGACUUGUGUACAGACGGAUUGAUGGAACAACUAGCUUAGAAGAUCGUGAAUCCGCUAUAGUUGACUUUAAUAGGCCCAACACUGAUUGCUUUAUUUUCUUGCUUAGCAUACGUGCUGCUGGACGAGGUCUGAAUCUCCAGACAGCUGACACAGUGAUCAUUUAUGAUCCUGAUCCAAACCCAAAGAAUGAAGAACAGGCAGUUGCAAGAGCCCAUCGCAUUGGGCAGACAAGAGAAGUGAAAGUUAUCUACAUGGAAGCAGUUGUCGACAAGAUUUCUAGCCAUCAGAAAGAGGAUGAACUUCGAAAUGGGGGUACAGUAGAGUCUGAUGAUGACCUUGCUGGUAAGGACCGGUAUAUGGGAUCUAUUGAAAGCCUGAUUCGUAAUAACAUUCAGCAAUACAAGAUUGAUAUGGCUGAUGAAGUUAUAAAUGCUGGGCGCUUCGAUCAGAGGACUACACAUGAAGAGCGUCGCAUGACACUAGAGACAUUGUUGCAUGAUGAAGAACGAUAUCAAGAGACAGUCCACGAUGUCCCAUCUCUUCAGGAGGUAAACAGGAUGAUUGCUAGGAGCGAGGAAGAGGUGGAGCUUUUUGAUCAGAUGGAUGAAGAAUUGGACUGGGCAGAGGAAAUGACCAAAUAUGAUCAGGUUCCAAAGUGGCUUCGUGCAAAUACUAAGGAAGUGAAUGCUGCUAUUGCUAAUUUAUCGAAAAAGCCAUCAAAAACCUCUCUGUAUGGAGAAGGUAUAGCUGUUGAAACAAAAGAAGAAGGGGAGAAGAAAAGGGGGCGGCCUAGAAAAGUUCCUAUUUACACAGAAUUGGAUGAUGAUGAUGGUGAAUUCUCUGAAGCGAGUUCGGAGGAGAGGAAUGUAGAUUCUGCACGUGAGGAAGAAGGGGAAAUUGGAGAAUUUGAAGAUGAUGACUUUAACGGUGCUGGUGGAGCUCCUCAAACUAAUAAAGAUCAGUCCGAAGAUGAUAUUGCUCCUCCAACAGGUGGAUAUGGAUAUUCUCGACCUUUAAAUAACCCCAAAGAUACGCAAAUGCACGAAGAAGCUGGCUCAUCUGGUUCUUCCUUGGAUGGUCGAAGGUCGACGCGAAGGGUGUCUCCUUCUUUGUCUUCUCAGAAGUUUGGUUCCCUUUCGGCAUUAGAUGCAAGGCCCAGCUCUCAUUCUAAGAAGCUUGCAGAUGAGCUAGAGGAAGGAGAAAUUGCAGUGUCUGGAGACUCCCCCAUGGACAUCCAGCAGUCUGGUAGUUGGAACCAGGAUCGUGAUGAGGGGGAAGAAGAGCAGGUAUUACAACCUAGAACAAAAAGGAAACGCAGUAUAAGGCUUCGACCACGUCAUGUCACAGAGAGAUCGGAUGAGAAGCCCUCUCUUCGCCGUGGAGAUUCUCUCGUUCUAUCAUCUCUGGUUGACCAAAAAUACGAGCCUCAACUCAGGAAUGAUCGGGGACGAAAAAUGCCCGGAGAGCCUGUGAUGUUGAAACAGGAGCAAGUUGAUUCAUCUAUGAAGAACAGACGGAAUAUGAACCUGCGGAAAUUACCGAACACAGCCAAGGUGGGGGGUUCCCUAAAAUCUGGCAGAGUUGUUCAUUCAGAUGAGUCUAUUCAGACCUCGAGGGAAAACUCUGACACUAAGGUCGUACAUGUUGGUGGGAGGUCAAGUGGUGGUUCUAGAAUGAAUGAGGUCAUUCAGAAAAAGUGCAAGAAUGUAAUUAGCAAGCUCCGAAAGAGAAUAGAUCGUGAAGGUCCCCAGAUAAUUCCGCUGCUGACUGAUCUGUGGAAGAGAAUAGCAAGUUCUGGUUGCAUUCCUGGAACCGAGGAUGAGCUUUUUGAUUUAUCUGAGAUUGGUAUGCGUCUUGACAAUUAUGAGUAUGGCGGGGUGAUGGAAUUCGUAUCCGAUGUGCAGCUUAUGCUGAAAAGUGCUAUGCAAUUUUAUGGUUUAUCGUACGAGGUGAGAUCUGAAGCAAGAAAAGUCCAUGAUCUUUUCUUUGACCUCUUGAAGAUAGUCUUCCCAGAUGUUGAUUUUCGAGAAGCCAGGAAUUCUCUAUUUUUCAACAGCCCACCAUCAUCCUCUGCGUAUGGGUCAGCUUCAAAACAUGUGCUUCCUGGUCAAAAUAAACGCCAAAAACCAUUGAGUGCUGCAGAACCUGAGCCAAGUCGCCCUCAGAAACCACAGACCCGUGGAAUGAUCCAUGAAGACACAAAAUCGAGGGUUCAUGUGUCUCAAAAGGAAUCAAGGGUAGGAAGUAGCAGCAGCCGUGAUACCACUGCCCAACAAGAUGAUACACGUCCAUUCCCUCAUCCAGGGGAGCUUGUUAUCUGCAAAAAGAAGAGAAAGGACAGGGAAAAGUUGGGGUUAAGACCAGGUAGUGGGUCAGCUGGUCCUAUAUCGCCUACCGGUAUUAGUCGAGGUAUGAGAAGUCCUGCCGGACCUUCUUCAGUUGCAAAAGACGGGAGACUGAAUCAACAGGUUACUCAGCAGCAGGCUCGGAAUAAUAACCAAUCACCUCAGCAGGUCAACGGAAGUGGCGGGAGCGUUGGCUGGGCUAAUCCGGUAAAAAGGAUGCGAACGGAUGCUGGAAAAAGACGUCCGAGCCAUUUAUGA